AUGAGCAUGUCGCGUGCGCUAUCCCUUCCUCUGCGGAGGGUGUCUGCCACUUCCCCAACCAUGCGUUUGUCACCCUCAGCGUUCACAGCUACUAGAGCAUUCUCAAGUUCAUUACGACGUGAUGAUACGUGGGGGUUUAUCGGAUUAGGCCAAAUGGGCUACGCCAUGGCCAAGAACUUACGCGCUAAGAUCCCCGCAUCCGACACACUAAUCAUCCGCGACAUAAACGAGAACACCGCCAAAAGAUUCGUCGAAGAGACCCAAGAAGCUGUCCGGAACAGUGGAGCCAAGGAAGACACCUCGAAGGUGCUUAUCGCCCAAAACGCGCGAGAAGUAGCGGAACAAUCGACAGUGAUAGUCACCAGCCUUCCGGAACCCGAACACGUCAAAAAUGUCUUCUACUGUAUGCUCCGCCACGGCGAACUCCCGGCCCUAGAAAAGGAGCGCUUGUUUAUCGACACCUCCACGAUCGAUCCAGCUUCGUCCCGAGAAAUUGCCAAUGCAAUCCACACAACGCGCCAAGGGCGAUUCGUCGACGCCCCGAUGUCAGGCGGAGUUGUGGGGGCCCGCGCCGGCACGCUCUCCUUUAUGUUCGGGGCUUCAUCGCAGACCGGCGAGCUCGUUGACCGCGUCCAGUCCGUUUUGAUGCUAAUGGGCAAGAAGGCCUGGCACAUGGGUAAUUCGGGAACAGGCGUUUCCGCCAAAUUAGCCAACAAUUAUCUCCUGGCCAUCAACAACAUUGCCACUGCCGAGGUCAUGAAUCUGGGAAUCCGUUGCGGACUCGACCCCAAGGUCCUGGCCGAUAUGAUCAAUACAUCGACUGGUCGCUGCUGGCCGAUGGAGAUCAAUAACCCGGUUCCGGGCGUGGUCGAGACCGCGCCAGCAUCGCGCGAAUAUGCCGGUGGGUUUGGCAUUAGUUUGAUGAAUAAAGAUCUUCGCCUGGCGAUUUCCGCUGCGGAGGAGUCUGGUACUCCCCUCGCGCUGGCCGAUAAGGCCCGGGGGGUGUAUAAAGCGGUGGAAGAUGAACAUCGAGGUAAGGACUUUUCGGUGGUAUACAAAUGGCUGCAAGAGCAGUCGGCUACUCAAUCGUAG